AUGAAGGAGAUCGAGUCUGCCGCGGACGGGGACUACAGUGCUUACGAAUAUCCGUACUGGGAGAAGAACUUCCACCCAGAUCUCGACGAUCCCGAGUACCGUCCCGUUGAGAAGGGUCGCAUGACGUGGCGGAUCAAGGGUGUACGUGGCACCAAGGAUGCUCCCAACCGUGCCAAGAUCAUGCGCUCCCCGCCCGCCUACAUCGGCGGAUACUGGUGGACCAUCAAGUUCUUCCCCCGUGGUAACAAUGUCGGCUCCCUGAGUAUCUACCUCGAGUGCUCGCCCACCAUGCCAUCCGGCGACAAGACCUUGCCCGAGACCGACUUUGCGGUACGGCGCGGGCCCGCCGGCCAGCCGCUGGGCAAGGACGAGGAGGAAGUGUGCACGGCGCUGCCCCCGGCCGAUCCGGCCUGGGUGGAUACCUUUAAGGCCCAGUACCCCGCCGCCGCGAGGUGCGACGGGACGGGCCCCAAGACGUGGCGUGUCUCCGCCCAGAUUGGCGUCAUCCUCUACAACCCGGAUGAGCCGCGCACCGGCUGGAUGCAGUCGUCCUCCCACCAGUUCAACCCCCACAAUCUGGACUGGGGAUGGACCAACUUCCACGGCCCCUGGGACCAGAUCCACCGCCGUCAGCGCGGCCAGCGCCAGGCCCUGCUCCGUGGUGAUACCUUGGCCUUCGACGCCUACAUUCGCGUCGUCGACGACCCCACCUGCUCGCUCUGGUGGCACGCCAGCGACUCCGAACCCACCUGGGACAGCCUAGGCCUGACGGGCUACCGGCCGUUGGGAGACUCGGUCAUCAACCACAGCGCCGAGGUCGCUGGCCUAGCCAGCUGGCUGCACCUGGCCCCAUUCGGCCGCAUUAUCCAGCAGGCCAACGUGCUGGAACACCACACCAACGGCGUCGUGAAACCCAAGCCGCUGUGCGAUGCCCUGCAGAAGUUCCUGUGGCAGCUGCGUGCCCGGGACCAAUCCUUGCAGUACGUCGACACCGACGCCAUCACCUCGACCCUGCGCAACCUGCACGAGUACGCCGGGGACGUGUGCGAGUUCUGGGAGUCGCUCCGCCGGACCCUCCAGCUCGAGCUGACCGGUACCGCCGCCGCCGACGACCUGGCGCGCCUCUUCGACUCGCCCGCGCCGGCCGCGAUCUUGCGGGACGCCCCGGAGCCGGCCGGCGGUAUCCACACCCUCCCCCGCGAGGCCAACUCCCGCAUCCGCGUGCCCGCCGACCAGGCCGCGUCGACCCAGGAGGCGUUGCGGGGGUACCUGGGGGCGCAGCCGGGCCGCUGGGUCCUGCCCCCCGUCCUCCAUGUCGAGCUGAACCGCCAGCGGUUGGACAAGGCGGCCCGCCAGUGGCGCCUGCUCUACAACCGCGUAGAACCCGACGAGGAGGUCGACUUGACCCCGUGGGUGCUCGAGGGCGAGUGCGGCCGGUAUGUGCUGUAUGGCUACGUCGUGCACCGCGGGCGCCGCACCUCAGGCAAGUUCUUCAGCAUCCUGCGCCCGGGCGGACCCGGCACGCGGUGGUUGGCCUUCGACGACGGCAGCGAUAACCGCGUCGAAUGCCUGACCCGCAAGACGGCCUUUGGCCCACAUCUGGGCCUCGACGCGUCCCAGAAGCCGGACCACAAGACGGGCCACGACGUCGCCAUUGCUGUCAUGUACAUCCGCGCCGAUGUCGUCGACGAGUUCCUUCCCGGUCCCCAGGGCCCGUGGGAGACCUCCGCCGCGAUGAAGACGUACUUCGAGCAGGGCACCCUCCCCGUGCCGACGCCGGACGGGGCCCCGACACCGGACUCGGUGCCGGUGGAGGUGUAUACCAUGCCAGACUAUGACCUGCUCGGCAGCUUGUUCGACACGUACGACCUCAUGGCGCAGGCCCAGUCGGCCGGUCGCGUCCAGCACCUAACGGUGCCGCGCGGUUCGACCUUGCAGGACCUGCGGAAGACGAUCGCGGGGGGCCACUCCACCGACCCAGACGCACCCCUACGUCCUGAGCACGUCCGGCUAUGGCAGAUCGGCCACACGCGCGAGCGAUUCGGACCAACGCUGGCCUUCUCGCGGGUCUCCGACCUCACGGCGACCGUGGACGGGUCGCUGGGCCCGGUCCGGUUUUGGAUGCAGGUGGUGUCGGACGGCGACGCCAAGUACUUCGCCAUGGCCGACCCCCGCGAGGCGGCGGUAGCCACGAACAAGGUGGAGGAGGCCGUGCCGGAGCAGGCGGGCGCGGAGCCCGACCGGCCGUCGACGGGCAGCGCCGACGCGGCGCUCGCCAGUUCGUCCGGCACGGUGUCGCAACCGGCGGAGUCGUCGGACGACAGCGUCGUCAACGGGGUGGUUGACCCCGCGGUCCGGGCGGAGCCCGCUGCGCCAGUGGAGACGCCAGCCCCGGCAGAGCCAAGUACUCCGGCUGAGGCCGCGGCCCCGACCGCAUCCCCUGCCCCGGUCAUUCCCUCCGCAGAACCUGCCCGCCAGGACUCUCUGACCGGCGACGCCGAUAAUGACGCCGUCAUCGCGGCCAUCAUUGCGUCCGAUGUCCAGCAGUUGGAGCCUGAGCCAUCGGAGCCGGCCCCCAUUGCGGAAUUGGCGCCGGCACCCACACCCGCGCCGGUUGAGCCGGCCGCUCCCCCGGCCGCACCGGCAGCGACUGAAGCCCCUGAAGCCCCUGAAUCUUCUGAAGCCCCCUCGACGGAUGAGCAGGCGGUGACCCUGCCGGUGGAUCACGUCUAUUACUUCAUCCAGCUGUUCGACGUGGAGGCCCAGGCCCUGCGCACGGUGGGAUCGUUCUUCUCGCAGAAGGAGGAGAACAUCAAGAAGGCGCUGCGGAAGCACCUGCAGCGGCCGGUGACGAAAGACUUCCAGAUCUGGCAGCGCGUGGAAGGCACGUCUGUGUCGACCGUUUCCUCCCUGCAGACAUUCCAAGGCUUCGUACCGGACGGGACGUGCUUCAUUGUGGGCGACAAGCUGGCCAAAGACCGCCGGUCGCAGCUCAACGAAGCCGGCCUCCUGACCAACCCGGACCACCUCGUGCGGUACCUCUGGGCCGCGACGCGCCAGCACCCGAUCAAGGCCUUCACGGGCCGCAAGACAGUCGACGCGUCCUUCACGACAGACUACUAUAGCGGCGACUUCUGCAAGGGCUACCAUCACGGCGUGGGCAAGCACGUGUCCGACACAGUCGUCACCUACGAGGGCGACUUCGUACUGGGCAAGCGCCACGGCCAGGGCCGCAUGGAGUACCCCACCGGCGACACUUACGACGGCAGCUGGGCCGAGAAUCAGUGCCACGGACAGGGCACUUUCGUCGAGCACAAGACGGGCAACCGGUACGAGGGGGGUUACAAAGACGGCAAGCGCCACGGCAAGGGCAUCAGCUACUGGGAGGUAGCGGACGAGGAGAUGGACCUCUGCCAGAUCUGCUACAGCGAAGAACAGGACGCGCUGUUCUACGACUGUGGACAUGUGUGUGCUUGCGUGACGUGCGCGCGGCAGGUCGAUCUGUGUCCGAUCUGCCGGAAGAGUAUUAUCAGUGUGGUGAAGAUUUACCGAACUUAG